AUGGGGGACCAGUGCACCCUCCGCUUGAUGCGGGAGCUUCGACUCUUGCAGAAUGGUGACUCUCUUGCCAUGACGGUGCACUACAAUGAGCGCGACAUCUGCGACAUCUGGGCCUUGAUGAUUGGCUCACCCGGCACCCCCUACGCCUAUGGUUUCUACCAAUUCGCGAUCAAAAUCCCUCCCGAAUACCCCGCCAAGCCACCGAGAGUCUCCAUCAAAACCACAAAUCGUGGCCAGACUAGAUUCGGGCCGAAUCUUUACGCCAGCGGAAAGGUUUGCCUGUCUAUUCUUGGAACAUGGCCUGGAAAAUCUGGCGAGCAAUGGUCACCCGCACAAGGAUUGGAGUCAGCAUUACUGUCAAUCCAGAGCCUGCUCUCCACAGAUCCUUACUACAACGAGCCGGGAUUCGAAAAAGCCAAACUCGAAUCCGAAGACAAACACGUCCAAGAUUACAAUUCAAAAAUCUGCCACGAAAACUUACGACUCACAGUGAUCGACCCACUGGAAAGAAUACUGAAGCUGAGUGAAGAAUUCGGACCAGAAGCGAGUUCGUCGACUCUCACUUGGCACCAAGGAGUAGUUGAUGACUACAUGAAGCAGCGAUUCAUAUGGUACCUAGAACAAUACAAGCAAACGAUCGAAGAACAAAGCCAGCAUAUUUCGAUCCAAAAGCGAGACAAGGUGGAAUUCCCAUUAACCCGAUUCGAGAGUGGAGGGAACGAGAUGAGAGGCCACUGGGACUACCAAGACCUUCGGAAACGCCUCAACACCCUGGAGACGAGGCUGAUGGAGGAAACCUUCCUAUGGCCUGCGGAAGGAGUUGAUCUGGUUGCCAAAGAUGCUGGUAUUGCAGUCAACCUUCGUGGACAGCAUGGCCAGAUUGUGCCUCAAAUACACCGCAUCACGGAGUCGAUGGCUGAGCUGGAGAUGGUUAACGACAACCCUUUUCUAUGGCGACUGACGUACUUCGGCCGACCAAUGACCAGGUUCGAUGGUGGAGUUUUGCGGAUCAAGAUCUACAUCAGUCCUCGCCAUCCGGUCGAGCAGCCACGGGUGUUCUUUGAGACUCCAAUAUUCCACAUCCGUGUUUCGCCCAAGGGUGCUUUGAUCUAUCUCCCGGCACGUGCGGAAGAAAUGUCGCGCCAUAUCGAAGGAAUCAUCACCACUCUAGAAGAUGAAUCACCGCCAUACAACCCCCUUAUGACUGUGAAUCCAGAAGCGACUAGGCUUUAUUGGGGUUCUAAGGAAGAGCAGAGGCUCUACAAUCGAAAGCUUCGUGCUAGCAUUUCGGAGGCUACGGAGUGGGCAAUACAUAUCCCCUUUUUGAAUCAUGUCAGCUAA